AUGAUAGCCAACGAAGUCGUUACGGCGAUUCAAGAUCAGCUGGCAAAAAGCCCAACAAGGGAUAUCCAGCUGAGAAUGGAAGGUUUACUGUCAUGGGUGCCACUUCUGAGCAAGCCCAUUCCUGGAAUUGAUACCCCGUUUGCGUACGUUCCUGGUCGCGUGGGCGCCAUGUUUGCCCUACAUCGAGAGGACUGGAAUCUGGCCUCUCUAGAUGUUCUCUACCGAGGCAGGAAGAUGUGGGAAGGAAACGCAUACUCGCAUCGCUCAGGCGAUGCGUUAUCUGCGUGUCUUGCGAAUAUCGCAAUCUCCAGACGACCCAUUCCAAACGAACAAAGCUCAGACUCGACACUGGACUCUGAAUCGAUCGUCACCAGUUUGAAGCCAGUGUGCGAUGCCAGCACCCAAGUACUGGAUUGCAAUUCCCUUGAUCAUCGUGGCACAGGAUAG